AUGGCCCGAGGUUGCUACGGACGCUGCCCGGCCUUCCUGGUGGCCGCGCUCGUGCUGGACGCGGCCGGGCUGGCCUUGGUGCUGGCGGGCGCCGUGGGACAUCCGGCGCUGAACGGGCGCGCCUUCGGGGAUUUCCUGAUGCUGACCGGCGGGCUGCUGCUCUUCCUGUCGCUGCUCUGCUGGCUCUUCUGGUACUCGGGGAACCUGCGCGGGGUGCCGGCCGAAGAACUGCCGCUCGGGGCCCAGCCCAGCCCGAGCCAGCCCCGCAGCCCGGGCAGCCUCCUGCGCCUGGCGGCCAAGCUCUCGGAGCGCCUGUCCCAGCGCCGGCGCCCGGCGCCUGUGCCCUCCCUGCCGCCGGAUCGCAGCCCUCCAGCGAAGGGCGCGCGAACUGCAGCCUCGCUCCGGCCCGCCGGCCCCCUGGAGCUCGGCCGCCUGCGCCCGGCCGCGCAUCCUGAGCAGGCGAAGACAGGGGAGCGACUGGUAUAG